AUGGCAUUCAAUGAUGUCUUGGAGUCCAUUGGGGGAGUCGGCCGUUUCCAAAUCUCACAAGUCAUCUUCCUGGUGAUUCCAGUCUGCCUUAUCGCUUGCCACAACUUCCUCCAGAACUUCUCUGCUGCCAUUCCAGACCAUCACUGCAAACCUUCGAUUCGGGGCAACCAGACCUUUCUCUCUAACAUUACUGCCAAAGAGGGAAUCCUACUGAAGGCAUUCAUCCCCAUGGGCCGAAAUCAAAAGCCAGAGAAGUGUCUCCAGUUUGCCACAGCUCAGUGGCACCUUUUAAAUCCAAAUGCCACCGUCGCUGAGAAUGUCACGGAGAUGCAUACCCAGCUCUGUACUGGUGGGUGGGUAUACGAUACUAGUAUUUUUGAGUCGACCAUUGUCUCGGAGUGGGAUUUGGUGUGUGACCUGCAGACACUGAGAGAUGUGGCUCAGUCCAUCUAUAUGGCUGGAGUGCUAGCUGGAGCUAUUGUGUUUGGAGCCUUAGCAGACAGGUUUGGACGCCGCAUCCCCUUGAUCUCAUCGUACCUGCAAAUUGCCAUUGCUGGCACCAGCACAGCAUUCUUGCCCUCCUUCAGCAGCUACUGUGUGUUCCGCUUCAUGGCUGGCAUGACAUUUUCAGGAAUUGUACUAAAUUCCUUCUCUUUGAUCCUGGAAUGGAUGCCCACCAAAGGCCGGACAGUGGCAGGUGGCUGCUUGGGGUAUUUCGUCACUUUCGGACAGAUCAUCCUGGCAGGGGUUGCGUACAAGACCAGGAACUGGCGCUGGCUUCAAAUUGUUGUCUCAGUUCCCUUCUUCAUUAUCUUUUUAUGUUCAUGGAAACUCCCAGAAUCGCCACGCUGGCUCCUCCUUCACAACAAGUCUCACUUGGCUGUCAGGAACCUGAGGAAAGUAGCUGCGAUAAAUGGCAAAAAGAAGGAAGGUGAAAAAAUCACCCAAGAGGUGUUGAAAUCCCACAUGCAACCGGAAACAACCAAGUUAAAAUCCAGCCACACCGUCUUUGACCUCUUCCGCACCCCAGCCUUGCGGAGAGUCACUUGCUGCCUCAUGGUCAUCUGGUUUGCCAGUUCCUUUUCCUAUUAUGGAUUAGCAAUGGAUGUGCAAAAAUUUGGCCUAAACAUCUACGUUGUGCAGGUGAUGUUUGGAGCCCUCGACCUUCCUGCUGUGCUGAUCUCCACCUUCACCAUGAUCUUCAUUGGCCGCCGCGUCACCAUAGCCGGCUCCUUUACCAUUGGCGGGAUUAUGGUGCUUGUCAACAUGUUUGUGCCAGAAGAACUGCAAACCCUGCGGACAGCACAGGCGGCACUUGGGAAAGGGUGCCUGGCCAGUUCUUUUAUUGGUGCAUAUCAGUACUCUGGAGAACUCUAUCCUACAGAAAUUAGGCAAACAGGCAUGGGUUUUGUUUCAAUGCAAGCCCGUAUCGGUGCCAUGGUAGCACCCAUCGUCUACGUGCUUAGGGACUCCUUUCCCAUCCUGCCAUCGCUGAUAUUUGGAGCAACUCCCCUCCUCGCAGGAGUCGCCACCUGCUUCCUAACAGAAACGAGACACUCACCCCUCCUGGAAACCAUUGCUGAGAUGGAACACCGGUAG